ACAGUCAGUGAAAGUAAAAUUCAGUCUAAGGCCGUUUCAAGACAUUACAGAGCAGAAAGUGAAGAAAGGAAAGGUGAUCCAGACAUGGCAUCGAGUUUGGCUCUCCCAGAAGAGGACCUCACCUGCCCCAUAUGCCGUGAUAUCUUCAGUGACCCUGUGGUCCUGCGGUGCAGCCACAGCUUCUGUAAAGCCUGUCUGCAGCAGUACUGGGCACAGGCUGUCUCUCAGGAAUGUCCAGUUUGCAGAAAAACUUCAUCUUUGAAAUCUCCUCCUCGUAACCUGGCCUUAAAGAACCUGUGUGAGGCCUUUUCAAAGCAGAGGAUUCAAAGAGCUGCUGCUGGGUCUGAAGCUCUCUGCACUCUGCACGGCAAGAAACUCAGGCUCUUCUGCCUGGAGGAUGAGGAGCCGAUCUGCCUCGUCUGUCAGACUUCAGAGAAGCAUGAGAAACACAAACUGCGGCCUGUUCAGGAAGCAGCUCUAAAGUACAAGGAGGAACUCCAGACUGUACUGAGACCACUGCAAAAGAAGCUACAGGCCCUUAAUGAAGAGAAAAUAAAGAGAGACCAGGCAGCGGAAUUAAUCAAGAGUCAGGCCCAGGAAACAGAGCAACAGAUAAAGAAGGAGUUUGAGAAACUCCACCACUUCCUACAACAGGAAGAGGUAGUCAUGAUGACUGUGCUGAAAGAGGAACAGCAGCAGAAGAGUCGGGCGAUGAAGGAGAGGAUUGAGAAAAUCUCGAAAGAUAUAUCAUGCCUCACAAAUACAAUCAGAGCUAUAGAACAGGAGAUGAAAGCUGAUGACAUCUCAUUCUUGCAGGUAAGGGCAUUUUACAACAGGAGACUCAAAGGAGCCCAGUGCAAUAUGGAAGAUCCAGAGACAUUGACCCCAGAGGCAUAUAUCAAUGUGGCCAAAUACCUGGGCAAUCUGAAGUACAGAGUGUGGGAGAAGAUGCUGGGGAUGGUUCACUACGCUCCUGUGACCCUUGACCCAAACACCAAAGGUGCCAAUCUCAUCCUGUCUGAGGAUCUGACCAGUGUCCGAUACAGUGAGGAAAGGGCGCAGAAUCUCGAUGACCCAGAGACCUUUGGUACUCUUCCUUGGGUGCUGGGUUCUGUGGGUUUCAGUUCAGGGAGACACAGCUGGGAUGUUGAGGUUGGAGAAAAUCCUUACUGGAAUUUGGGUGUAAUUAAGUUUAAAAAAUCUGGUGACGGGUACACUGACUGGAAUAGGGUAGAACAAUUUUGGAAUAUAGGCCGUAGGGGUGGGAAAUAUGAAGCAAGGAACACAGCAGAAGAUUUUGCGAAGGUUAGACUGCCUGUCAGAAGAAGAGCAAAAAAAGUCAGAGUUCAGCUGGACUGGGAUGCAGGGGAGCUGUCCUUCUCUGACCCCACGGACAGCACUCCUCUGCACACAUUUAAACACAGAUUCACUGGGAAGGUUUUUCCUAUCUUUAUCACAAAGUCUGACUCUGCUCCUCUGAGAAUCUGCCAACUGCAGGUGUCUGCACCAGUACACAGACACAGGAUACACUGUGUACACUGUGAAGAAAAUAAAGAGGUAGUCACUCCAAUAUAAUGGUAAAAGAAGCACCCAGAGAGGGUAAGUUACUUGCUCACUUACCCACUGCCAUUCUUAUGGGAAUAUGGCUUAUCCACCAAUUAUACUCCUUCAUCAAUGAACUUCUCCAUUGUUAGUCUAUGGAUAAAUGCGUAUUCAGUAUGGAAUAUGAUAUAUGUCUCCUGCUUUGCAUUUUUAAAUCAGGCCUAGA